AUGGGUCCUGUGAUGUCGCCAUUUCUGCUCCUUGUGUUCUUGUCCACUGUCGUCUUCGCUUCGAAUUUCCCGCCCCUCUACCCCAUUGACCUCGCUCAAGGGUACACGCGCAGCAUUCGAAAUUCCAGCCAACUCCGGUUCGAUUUCUUCAACUUCGACGGCGUGGUCAAGCGAGAUGAUUGCAGUGUAUCAGACUCGACGCCAUGUCCUGACGGUUGCUAUAACGGUGUCAAUGAUGUCUGCUGUGCUAACGGAGGAGCUGUUCCUCAGGGAGAUGUUUGCUGCGACGACAGCGCCGGAGGUGGCUGCGCAAUUGGCUUGACUUGUGGCUUCUGCGGCUCUAACGGUGUCUGUUGCAGCGAUGCAUCGUGUACCGUAUUGGUUGACACGGAUGGAUCGUCGGUGACGCUCGGCCCAGACGACUGCAAGGCGACAGCAGGGAACACGGUGGCGUCCGUCGCGACGGUUGGGGCUGGCGGCACGACAACCCCCACAGUCACACCAAGCACAACAGACCAGCUCAGCACCACCCCGACCACAGCGGCGGUUCCCUCUACGACUGAAAGCCCGCCUCCACCGCCUACCACCACAGAAGCACCCAUUCCGACGACGUCACCUGCAACAGUCCUGACAGUGGUUUUAACCACAACCUCGACCUCCACUCCGUUUCUUACCACUCCGGAAGCAACCACCAGCACAGAGGUGGUCCAGCCGCCACCAGAAUCUUCCACAUCAUCUGAGCCUCAGGCUGGUGGCGUGGGGAGAAGUGUCGACGGCCAAGGGCGUUUCGCGACGACUGCUCUUGCACUGGCGGUCGUGAGCAUACUGCUGAUGUUGGCAUGA